AAGAAAAAAAUCCAAGAAACCCCUCUCCUCUCUUUAGUAUAUUUUUCAUUAUCUACUUGUCUAGUAAGUAUAUUUUCCAGCUGUUUAAGAUUAAAGAUGAACCAAGAAAAAAGGUGUAUCUUGAUAGCAUUAUUAAACCUUUAUGUUUUCUGCUUCAUUCUGCAAAUAGAUAAAUGUUUUGCUGUUGAUCCACAGUUUGUAGCAUGCAAUAAUCCUAUAAAUUGCAGAAAUGGUCCAAGAAUAAGCUUUCCAUUUUAUAUUCAAGAAGAGCAAGAAUCUUAUUGUGGGUACCCUGGCUUUGGGCUAAAUUGUAGUGAACAAGGGUUUCCUGUUGUACAUAUUGCUGGAAAUGAGUAUAUAGUUGAAGAUAUCUCAUACCAAGAUCAUAUUUUUCAGAUUAAAAAUUCAGUCUUUAACAGUACUACAAGCAAUGGUUGUGUUUCUUAUAUCAAGAACGUGUCACUUGAUCAUGGCACUUUUAAGUUUGUCAACGAAUCAAGAAUUUACUUGUUGUCAAAGUGUAAUGGAUCGAUAUCCGAAAAUCUUUUGAAGCACAAGAUUGGUUUUGGUUGUGGUGAAGAAAAUGGAAAUGAUUGGGCUCUUGCAAUGUUUGCUGAGGAUGAAAGUUUUGAGUCUGCAUUACAAGUGUGUAAACAUCAUGUAAUUGCACCAGUAGAAAUGCUUGGAGAUGAGGGAAGUAAUCGAGAUCUUGACUAUCAAGUGCUACUGAGAAGGGGGUUUAGAUUGAGCUGGACAUCAAGUAACUGCAGUGAGUGUGCAGAAAGUGGAGGACACUGCGGAUUUGAUAUUAUCAAUUAUCAAUUCAAAUGUUUCUGCACUGACAGGCCUCAUUCUUGGAGUUGCCCACCUACCAAAGCAAAAAGAAACUUGGGACUGAUUCUAGGCAUAGUUUUCCCUUGCAUUGGAGUCGUGAUUUUGCUCUUCUGCUUGAGAAAAAAGAUUUUCUGGCACAAAAAUCUCAGGUUUUGGGAAUCUAAAGCUGAGGAUCAUCGAAAUAUUGAAGCAUUUCUGAAGAACUAUGGGUCAUAUGCUCCAAACAGAUACAACUAUACAGACAUCAAACGAAUCACCAGUCACUUCAAAAACAAACUAGGCCAAGGAGGAUUUGGUAAUGUAUACAGAGGAAGUUUGCGUAACGGGAGUCAAGUGGCAGUGAAGGUCCUGAAUGAACUAAAAGGCAAUGGUGAAGAUUUCAUUAAUGAGGUGGCAAGUAUUAGCAGAACAUCACAUGUUAACAUAGUGAGCCUUGUGGGAUUUUGUUUUGAGGGUCGCAAAAGAGCUCUCGUUUAUGAAUUCAUGCCAAACGGAUCUCUUGAAAAGUUUAUCUAUGAGGAAAGAUCUGACGGAGUUCGCCAAUUGGGUUGGCCGAUACUGUACAAAAUUGCACUAGGCAUUGCUCGAGGAUCGGAGUACUUGCACUGUGGUUGUAACACUCGGAUUUUGCAUUUUGAUAUAAAGCCUCAUAAUAUCCUACUUGAUGAGGAUUUUUGUCCUAAGAUCUCAGACUUUGGUCUUGCCAAACUAUGCAUAAAAAAGGAGAGUGUCGUGUCAAUGUUAGGUCCACGUGGUACUAUUGGCUAUAUUGCUCCAGAAAUUGUUUGCAGAAACUUGGGAGGUGUCUCUCACAAGUCUGACGUAUAUAGCUACGGAAUGAUGGUCCUAGAGAUGGUUGGAGGAAGAAAAAAUGUUGAUGUUGGAGUUGAUCGUACGAGUGAAAUCUACUUUCCACAUUGGCUUUAUCAACGAAUUGAACUAGACGAAGAGCUUCAACUCAUCGGGAUAAUGAAUGAAGAGGAGAAAGAAUGUGCAAGAAAGAUGGUGAUGGUGAGUUUAUGGUGCAUACAGACUGAUCCCUCAAAUCGACCAUCGAUGAGCAAGGUUGUGGAAAUGUUAGAAGGGAAACUAGAUUCUUUGCAAAUGCCUCCCAAGCCUUACCUAUAUUCUCCCUCAGGAUCAGAGGUAGAUUCAUCAAUAAUAGAACUGACAAAAACAUACCCAGUAUAUCUUAUUCCUCUUCUUGAGAUAUUUAAUAUGGCUAUCACUUCAUUUGUAAGCUUUCUUCUAUUUCUACUUCUAAUCUUAGUUCAGGCAAAGGGAUCAAGAAAUGAUUCAACUUGUCCAAAGUCCUUUUCAUGUGGAAAUUUUACUGACCUGAGAUUUCCUUACUCUCUUUCCACACAACCUCACUGUGGAAUAAUGACCAUGAAUGGUUGUGAUGCUAAACCAUUUCCGAAAAUCCGACUGAUUCCUGAAGGAGAUUGGUACUAUGCUUUAGAGAAGCAUAAUUCAUCAGUUUGGCUUGGGGACACGAAGCUUGAAACAACGUUGACACAACAUAAGUGCCAGGCUUUUAACAAAAACUUCUCCCUUCCAAACUCUCCUUCUAUUUCUUUCAAUAUGAUUAAUAUUAACAACUUCUUCAAAUGCAUCAGUACCAGUAAUAAUGCCCUUAACAUUACUCACAAGACAAACGGUUAUUUUGCUGGUUAUAAAAUGUACAGUGGCUGUGAAGGCUUUAGCAUAUACUACAACCUUUUCCGAAAUAGUGAUGAAUACAUAGAAGCAUACAAUCUUCCUACCAAUUGUUCAAUUAUCAGAUUGCCAAUUCAGUCAAGUGAUGGUGAUUUGUUCGAUGUAUUAGGUCCCGAAAUUCUAGUAGAAUGGAAACUGUCUGAUGACUGUAUCAGUUGUCAUUAUGGUGGAGGUCAAUGCCAGACUGAUAAAACCAACAGAUUUUCUUGUCACAAAGAUGUUAGGAAAAACAUUGGUGUUACAGAUGUUAGCAAUCUAACACAAGGAAAAUCGAAAAGGGGUUACCUUCGGAUAAUCUGGUUCAUGGUGGCCACAGGUGCAAGUUUGUUUACUGUUGGACUGUUGGUUUUACUAUUCUGCUUCAGAGAAAAGAUUUUGUGGUACAAAUACAUCAGGUUUUGGUUAUCUAAUGCUGAGGAUCACCAAAAAGUUGAAGAAUUCUUAAAGAACUAUGGAUCAUACGCUCCAAACAGAUACAAUUAUACAGACAUCAAAAGAAUCACCAGUCACUUCAAAAACAAACUAGGCCAAGGAGGAUUUGGUAAUGUAUACAGAGGAAGUCUGCGUAACGGGAGUGAAGUGGCAGUGAAGGUCCUGAAUGAACGAAAAGGCAGUGCUGAAGAUUUCAUUAACGAAGUGGCAAGUAUUAGCAGGACAUCGCAUGUUAACAUUGUGAGCCUUGUGGGAUUUUGUUUUGAGGGUCACAAAAGAGCUCUUGUAUAUGAGUUCAUGCCAAAUGGAUCUCUUGAAAAUUUUAUUUAUGAGGAAAGAUCCGACAGUGUUCGCCAAUUGAGUUGGCCAAUACUGUACAAAAUCGCGUUAGGCAUUGCUCGAGGAUUGGAGUACUUGCAUCGUGGCUGUAACACUCGGAUUUUGCAUUUUGAUAUAAAGCCUCAUAAUAUCCUACUCGAUGACAAUUUUUGUCCUAAAAUCUCUGAUUUUGGUCUUGCCAAAUUGUGCAUGAAACAAGAGAGUAUUGUGUCAAUGUUAGGUCCACGAGGGACUAUCGGUUACAUUGCUCCAGAAAUCGUUUGUAGAAACUUGGGAGGUGUCUCUCACAAGUCUGAUGUCUACAGCUAUGGAAUGAUGGUCCUAGAGAUGGUUGGAGGAAGAAAAAAUGUUGAUGUUGGAGUUGAUCGUACGAGUGAAAUCUACUUUCCACAUUGGCUCUAUCGACGAAUUGAACUAGACGAAGAGCUUCAAUUAAUUGGGAUAAUGAAUGAAGAGGACAACGAGUGUGCAAGAAAGUUGGUGAUAGUGAGUUUGUGGUGCAUACAGACUGAUCCUUCAAAUCGACCCUCCAUGAGCAAGGUUGUGGAAAUGUUAGAAGGGAAACUAGACUCUUUGCAAAUGCCUCCCAAGCCUUACCUAUAUUCUCCCUCAAGUACUGAGGUAGAUUCAUCAGUAGUAGAACUUGCCUAGCCUUUAUUGGCUGAUAUGUAAGCUAUCAUUUGUGUAGUCUCACUUUGUCAAGAAAUUUUAGUGAAAUAGUUAUUUUUGUCUCUAACUUUCUCCUAUGUAGAAGAUAUAUGGGGUAGUCCAAUGCUGGGAAAAGGUUGAAGCACAUUGGGUUUAUUGUCAGCAACCUUGACAUGGUCCAAGCCGAUAGCAUGUAUUGUCCGCUUUGGCCCAACAUGCCCCACAAAUUUGUUUCUUGGGCUACAUCAUCAUUGAGUGCAAAAGUGUGACUACCAUGGAAAUUUGUGUUAAUCCUUAUAAAGAUUUGUACUUUCCUCUUUCCAAAUUUACAUGUAAUUAACUCAUAAAUGACCUAA